UUAUAAUUUUCUCUUAUCAAGCGUCCAGAGACCGGACUGGAGGAGAAGGGGCAGGGAUGAAGGACACAGACAUGGAAAAGGAAAACGACGUGGAGAUGGUGUCCUCUGCCAAACACGAACAAAACGGGAAAGUUUGUGAGGGGGAGAAGGAUGACAAAGAAAAUAAAAAGAAGAAAGAAAAAGUGCCGAAGGAGCCCAUGGUCGGCCCUCUCGCUGUGUUCAAGUUUGCAAAUAGCUUGGACAUUCUGAUGAUUUUAGUCGGCACUGUGAUGGCAGUGGUCAACGGCAUAGUGCUUCCUCUCAUGUGUAUUGUCUUCGGAGACAUGACGGACAGUCUCAUAAAUGGCUCCGCUGUCAACCUAUCCGACCCCAAUUUAAUAAACAUGACCAUGGCCAUCAAUAUAGAAGAGGAGAUGACUGUCUUUGCCAUUUAUUACUCCAUCAUGGGAGCCAUUGUGCUGGUUGCAGCCUACCUGCAGGUGUCUUUGUGGACUCUGGCAGCUGGGCGGCAGGUGAAACGCAUCCGCGUCUUGUUUUUCCAUAAAAUCAUGCAGCAAGACAUUGGCUGGUUUGACGUCAAUGAGACAGGAGAGCUCAACACGCGUCUCACAGAUGAUGUCUACAAGAUCCAAGAGGGCAUUGGUGACAAGGUGGGGAUGCUUAUCCAGAGUCUCAGCUCCUUCAUCACAGCAUUUGCCAUUGGCUUCACCAAAGGCUGGAAGCUAACUCUCGUCAUCCUGGCUGUGAGCCCUGCACUGGGCAUCUCAGCGGCACUUUUCAGUAAGGUGCUGACAAGCUUCACCUCUAAAGAGCAGAGCGCAUAUGCAAAAGCUGGUGCUGUUGCAGAGGAAGUGUUGUCUGCUAUCAGGACAGUGUAUGCUUUCAGUGGUCAAGAGAAAGAGAUUGGGAGAUAUCAGAAAUACUUGGAGGAUGCUAAAAGGAUGGGAAUAAAGAAGGCAAUCUCUGCUAACAUUGCCAUGGGCUUCACCUUCAUGAUGAUCUAUAUGUCCUACGCUCUGGCCUUCUGGUACGGCAGUACCCUCAUCCUGAAAGGGGAGUACAGCAUUGGAUCUCUGCUGACUGUGUUCUUUGUUGUGCUUAUUGGCGUUUUUUCCAUGGGACAGACCUCCCCCAACAUCACAACUUUUGCUAGCGCCCGAGGAGCAGCCCAUAAAGUCUACAGCAUCAUUGAGCACGAACCAAGCAUCGACAGCUAUUCAAACGAUGGUUUCAAGCCCGACUUCAUCAAUGGAAACAUAGAGUUCAACAACAUCCACUUCAACUACCCCUCAAGGCCUGACGUCAAAAUAUUAGAAAACAUGUCUCUGAAGGUGACGAGUGGACAGACCAUGGCUUUGGUGGGCAGCAGCGGCUGUGGUAAAAGCACAACGAUCCAGCUGCUGCAGAGGUUCUACGAUCCUCAGGAGGGAUCAGUAUCUAUCGAUGGUCACGACGUCCGCACUCUAAAUGUCCGCUACCUGAGAGAGAUGAUCGGAGUGGUGAGCCAGGAGCCCAUCCUGUUUGCAACCACCAUCUCUGAGAACAUCAGAUAUGGUCGACUCGAUGUGACUGCGCAGGAGAUCGAACAAGCCGCCAAGGAAGCCAACGCUUAUGACUUUAUCAUGAAACUUCCAGAUAAGUUUGAGACGCUGGUCGGCGAUCGAGGAACUCAGAUGAGCGGAGGACAGAAGCAGCGGAUUGCAAUUGCUCGGGCUAUGGUCCGUAACCCCAAAAUCCUCCUGUUGGAUGAAGCCACAUCUGCUCUAGAUGCUGAGAGUGAGACCAUUGUGCAAGCUGCACUUGAUAAGGUCCGACAAGGUCGCACCACACUAAUUGUUGCUCACCGUCUGUCAACAAUCAGAAAUGCAGAUGUUAUUGCAGGCUUCCAGAAAGGUAAAGUUGUUGAGCUGGGGAUUCACAGUGAGCUGAUGGAACAAAAGGGUGUCUAUCACACACUGGUGACCAUGCAGACCUUUCAGAAAGUGGAAGAAGAGGAAGAGGAAAGUGAAACGCCUGCAGAUGAGAAGAGCCCAUUAGCCAUUAACCACACUGAGUCUUCGCUGUACAGGAGGAAGUCCACAAGAGGCUCCUCCUUCGCGGCUUCGGAAGGAGGGAAGGAAGGGAAGGAAAAGUUAGAGGAUGACAAGGACAAGGCAGAUGAGGAUGAAAAUGUCCCUCCAGUGUCGUUCCUAAAAGUGAUGCGUUUAAACAUUUCCGAAUGGCCUUUCAUUUUGGUGGGGACUAUAUGUGCCAUCAUCAAUGGAGCAAUACAGCCUAUAUUUGCUAUCAUCUUCUCCAAGAUCAUCACUGUGUUUGCUGAAUCAGACGAAGAUGUAAAAAGGCAAAGAGCCAACUUCUUUUCCCUAAUGUUUGUUGCUAUUGGAGGUGUGGCCUUUGUCACCAUGUUUCUACAGGGUUUCUGUUUUGGUAAAUCUGGAGAAUGUCUCACCUUGAAACUGAGACUUGGGGCCUUUAAAUCCAUGUUGCGACAGGAUCUUGGGUGGUUUGAUUUGCCCAAAAACAGUGUUGGGGCGCUCACUACAAGACUGGCCACAGAUGCAGCUCAAGUCCAAGGGGCCUCAGGAGCGCGUAUGGCAACACUUGCCCAGAACGUUGCCAACCUUGGCACUGGUAUCAUUCUGGCCUUGGUGUAUGGCUGGGAGCUGACGCUGCUCGUCCUGGCUGUGGUACCUGUCAUAGCACUGGCUGGAGCUGUGGAAAUGAAGAUGCUCACAGGACACGCAGCUGAAGACAAGAAGGAGCUAGAGAAGGCUGGAAAGAUUGCUACAGAGGCCAUAGAGAACAUCCGUACUGUUGCCUCCCUUACAAGAGAGCACAAGUUUGAGUCUUUGUAUCAAGAAAACCUCAUUGUACCAUAUAAGAACUCACAGAAAAAGGCCCAUGUGUAUGGUUUUACGUACUCCUUCUCCCAGGCCAUGAUCUACUUUGCCUACGCAGGCUGUUUUCGCUUUGGAGCUUGGCUCAUUAUGGAACAAAGGAUGGACGUUGAGGGGGUGUUCCUUGUGAUUUCAGCCGUCCUUUUCGGUGCCAUGGCUGUUGGGGAGGCCAACUCCUUUGCUCCAAACUAUGCAAAGGCUAAAAUGUCAGCUUCACAUCUUAUGAUGCUGUUGAACAAAGAGCCAGCCAUUGACAAUUUGUCAAAGGAGGGAGAGUCGCCUGAAAAAUUUGACGGCAACGUGAGCUUUGAGUCUGUCAAGUUUAACUACCCUUCUCGCCCCGAUGUGACCAUCCUCCAAGGGCUGAACCUGCAGGUGAAGAAGGGGGAGACUCUGGCUCUGGUUGGGAGCAGCGGCUGUGGAAAGAGCACCACCAUACAGCUGCUGGAGAGGUUCUAUGACCCCCUGGAAGGGAGAGUGGUCCUAGACAAUACAAAUAUCAAAAAGCUGAACAUCUACUGGCUGAGAUCUCAGAUAGGCAUCGUGUCCCAGGAGCCUGUGCUUUUCGACUGCACCCUGGCUGAAAACAUUGCAUACGGAGACAACAGCCGCAGCGUAACCAUGGACGAGAUCAUGGCAGCUGCUAAAGCAGCCAACAUUCAUAACUUCAUAAAAGAACUACCGCAGAAGUACAAUACUCAGGCAGGUGAUAAGGGGACGCAGCUGUCAGGUGGUCAGAAGCAGCGAGUAGCCAUAGCCCGAGCCAUCCUCCGCAACCCCAAAGUCCUGCUGCUGGACGAAGCCACGUCUGCUCUGGACACUGAGAGCGAGAAGAUGGUGCAGGAGGCCUUGGACCAAGCCAGCAAGGGCAGGACAUGUAUCAUUGUGGCCCACCGGCUUUCCACCAUUCGAAACGCUGACCGCAUCGUUGUCUUCCAAGGAGGAGUGGUGGUCGAACAGGGGACGCAUCAACAACUACUGGCAAAGAAGGGCGUCUACCAUAUGCUGGUCACCACACAGCUAGGCCAUGGGACAGAAUGAGAGGUCACGGGGAUCAAUACCAUAUCAGUUUCUGAUCUUUGAGGGCUGGUUAAGCACUUGUGCCUUGUAUCAGCUUCACAUUUGUCCAGUUAUACAAAUUCAUACAGAGCCGUUUCAGCAAAGAAGCUGAAGAGUGAAUGUAUUGACUGCAUCCUGUCAGCUAAACUCUAGUAUGAAGUCUAAAUACUCUGCUACUAUUGAUUAGUUGUCACUUUUAUGGAUUUUAGUCACAAAUUAUUUUGCCUUGUGACAUUCUGAAACUGCAUAAACACCUGGCACCAAAAAAGACUUACCAUGCUCACCAUGUUAAUGUUUAUUCAGUAUUUUGUAGAUCUUAAAAACACAGAUAUGCAACAAAAAAAAACACAUACCUCAGAGUAUAACCUUUAAUUGUUGUAGUUAACAGCAAUUAUGGAAUCACUUCUAAAAUAGAAUCACUGUAAUUAUGAAAAUUAGACUCUCGAUCGAACACAUUGCACAAAGAUCGGAUCCAAAUUCUGCACCUGGUUGAUUGACGGGGGAGAUUUUCCUCAAUAAAGGUAUAAGUUUGAAUUAUGAAAAGUUACGAAAACAUUCUUACAUGAUGUGUGUUGUUUCAGGUUUGCUUUCUCCAAAAUAUGAAGGAAAAACUAAAUUGUAAAGUUUUAAACUGGAAAUGUACAAGUAAACCAAGAAAUGUGUGAAAGCAUCAAAGCUUAAAGCAAUAUGCCUCGAAAAUAUACAAAACAGAAAGAAAUUGGAUGGAAUUAAGUAUUAUUAAGUCAUCAGAAGAAAAUAAGUGCAGUCAGCUAAAUAAAAUAAGAUUUGUAUCAUAUCUGUGUACAGUAUAUGGAUCUGUGGGUAGAAUGCUACAUAUUGUUUAUAGAUUGCUUUUACGGUUGAUAAUAGGGAAGUCCACUAUGAGUGUUUUUAUGAAUGAGAAACACACUCAGAAGCACUUUGUAGAACUAAGCCAAAGAUGAAAAGGAUGGAGAUAUAUAUAUAUAUAGAGAGAGAGAGAGAGAGAGUUUUAGUGGUUGCUGGAUCAAUAAUCUUUUUUCCUGGCUCUGUUUGCUAUAUCCACUCUAGUUUGCACUUUGUAACAUUGUUGACUUUCACUCCACCUCACAUUACAGUCAGAAAAUGAACGUUUUUGUCAAUGUGAGGCUACAUUCCACCGUAAGACAUAACUGUAUUCAUAGCUUAAAUGAGCAAAGCAGUGGCCAGUUUUUUUUUUUAAGGCAGAGCUGCAUGAUGCAGUUUUGUUUAGGGCAGAUUAUUCUUACAAUGUUUACCAGUCUGAGCUCAGAUUGUCAGUAAUAAUCUAAAUAAAGAUUACUAAACUAAAGUUUAGAUAAAAGCUCAAGUGCCUGAGCAGGUUAAUCCAGACAAACACUGUGUAAAAUAAAGGUUACAGAUGCAAGUUCUCAUUCAUGGUCUUCAGCCACGCUCACUAAAACACAAAUCUAUCUCUGGAUAACUAAUUAAUUUGUUAGAAUGUGCCUGUAUGGAACUAUUAAAGUUUUCUAUUUAAUAA